ACCAGGAGGUCCCAGGGUUCAUAAGCAGAGCCUUCUGCCUCACAGCUGUGGGGAAGGUUGCCUGAAGUGGACCAGAGAUCUUCAUUUUCAAGAGAGAAAUCGGGCUGCAGCAGGGCCAAACAAAGCCCAGUACAUUGCAGCCUCUCAUGGAGACUUCUGGAGGAGGCAACACCACUAGCGGCAGAGCAGUGCCCCAGCCCCCGGCACAGCCGCAGGAGCUCGAGCCGCGGGUGGCCCGCAGACGCUUAUCCCAGGCCCGCCACCGAGCCACCCUGGCAGGGCUCUUCCACAACCUCAGGAAGACUGUGUACUCCCACUCUGAUCUCACAGCCUCAAAGUGGCAGGUUUUAAAUAAGGCGAAGAACCAUAUUAAGGAACUGGAACAAACCUUGGAUAAUCUCCUGAAGCUGAAAGAAUCCUUCAACCUGGAGGAUGGGAAUGCAAACAGCUUAGAGGAGGUCAAGGAAGAAUAUGCCAGCAUGUACUCCAGAAAUCCCAGUCUGAUGUCAAAUAAAGUCCAUCAGAAAGGCUCUGACACCUGGUGCCCAAUCGAGGCAGUGGGGAAGGAUGCUGAGGAGGGAAAAGAGGAGGAGGAAGAGGAGGAAGAAGACCAAGAAGAGGAGGAAGAGAAGGAGGAAGAGGAGGAGGAAGAGGAGAAAAAAGUGGAGUUCUUACACUCCCCAGACACCUUGCUGCCAGACCUCUUGCAAUUUGAACGGUACCUCAACUUUUACAAGCAGACGAUGGACCUUCUGAUCGGGAACGGGAUCGUCUCCUUGCAGGAGGUGACCCUCCCCAUCGUGUCUGCGGCCAUCUCCCACCUGUGGCAGACCCUCUCCGAGGAGAGGAAGGCCAGCCUCCUGCAGGCCUGGGCGCAGAAGCACAGCGGCCUCCUGGGCCUGGCGGGGCCCUCUCAGGAGCCGGCCUGCGCCGAGGGCAGCGUGAAGGACAGCGGCGUCGAAAGCCAGGGGGCCAGCUGCUCGCUCGUCUCCACCCCCGAGGAGAUCCUUUUGGAAGAUGCCUUCGAUGUGGCAAGUUUCCUGGACAAAAGUGAGGCUCCAAGUACAUCUAGCUCCAGUUCUGCACUUGCCGGCUGCAACCCAGAAAAUCCCGAGGAGAAGUUUCAACUCUAUGUGCAGAUCAUCGAUUUUCUUAAAGGCCUUUGCUGUGUUAACACUCAGUUCAAACAGGAACCAGACCUUCCCCUCGACGAUGAGAUGAUAAUGUUGAGGUGCUUGGAGACGUUUGACGAUGAAGAUCUGUGAUGCAGAAGGGCUGGGAGCAGAGGGGAUGACGGAGGGCAGGCAGUCUCCAGGUUCGAAUGCUGGCAGCCCAAGUUGCCCCUGCCUCAGCCUUGCAGGAUGUUUUAGAGUGGGCUGUCUCAAGAGCAUUUUGAUGGUUGUAGUUUCUGAUUAUUAUAAAGUAUUUGAGAGUAGUGUG